AUGCUCGAUCCACUACCGGCUGCCGCCAUCAGCGCAGUGAUAGCAUACGCCACGCCAAUCUUCGAGGAUGCGGGUGGCUCGCUGUCUCCGCCCGUGGCCACAGUGGUGCUGGGGGCGCUGCAGUCGGCGGCGGGGGUGGUGGCGGCGCUGACUGUGGAGCGUGCGGGCCGGCGCCCUCUGCUGGUGGGAUCGGCGCUGGUUGUGGGCGCGUCACUAGGGGCGCUGGCGGCCGCGAGCUCCGACAGCGCGCCCUGGCUGCCGCCCGUUGCACUGGGCGUCUACAUCACCGCCUUCGAGCUGGGCAUCGGCCCGCUGCCUUGGAGUUAUGAAGUUCCAAUACAGCAACAGAAACGCCGCGACAUAGCAGUGGGGCCGACCGCCGGGGGCGGGGCCGUGGCCAUCAACUGGGCGACGGCCGCCGUCGUCACCGAGACCUUCCCCAUGCUGAAGGAGCGCUUCGGCCAGCGGCCCGUGUUCGCGGCGUUCGGCGUGAUGGCCGGCGUGGCGGCCGCGUUCGCGCUGCUGCUGGUGCCCGAGACGCGCGGCAAGACGCGCGCGGAGCUGCGCGAGGAGUUGGCGCGCUGGCCGCGCCGCGGCGCCGCGGAGGCGCGACGCGAGGGCGCGUGAACGCCCGGAAGGCGGACACACAAAUGCAGUUGGGGAUGCGAUUCGUUCACGCGCGCGCUGUCGAUUCCCAGAACGAGUCACACGUAAUAGUGCGCGCGGCCUUUCUCGCGAAAAGUGACGCUUCGUUUCGCUGUUCCAAGUUGAGGACAAGACUCGAGACUUCGGAGUUUACACGAAACAUCCUUGAGUUUGUCCAAAGUAGAUUUGGCCACGAAGUGCGCGGCUGACGCACUUUCCUUCGGAAAGUAACGGUUUGCUACGCAGUUCCAAGUUGAGGACGAGUCUCGGGACUUCGACCCCCGCGGUAACAUAAAACACCCUUAAGUCUAUCCAACGCAUUUUAUGCGAGUAUGCCUUAAAAAUAAUUUAGCGUGUAUAUUUUUUUAAUGUAUUCCAGGAAAGCUUCCAUUUUCUUGCCUCAUAAUUGUUUUCCUCCAUGUACAUUCGCGACAAAUAUUACGCGUCCGCGCGAGUGAACGAAUCGUAUCACGAACCAUUUCAGCCAAAAUUUGUUUUUUUAACCAUUUGUGUAUUUAUUUUUUUGUUCCAUCGUCAUUCCCAUAGCACGCCUACAUAUCAAAUGUUGAAAAAUUUCUGUGAUGUUGUUGAAAUAUACGCUAAGCACAAUAAAUAUAUCUCAGCAUUCUCAUAUGUGCUGGUAUGUGAAUAAUUCUGCAAAAAUUAACUGAGAAAAAUGUUUUUAUUUUGAUUCCAACAUUGUUUUAGAGUGAACCAAUAAAUGAAUGUUAUGGAGAUAUAUCAGUGGCCACUGGUGCUUCAACGAACUGGGGUUGCAGCUCCAUCGAAUGCCGGAAAUGUAUUUUCCAAAAUUUAGAUCACUGUAUGUAAUAAAACUUAAACAAUUCAUGUAAGUUAAUUAAGACUUUUAUUAUUAAAAGUCUAUAUUAGUCCGGGAGACCUGGCUCGGCAUAAAUUAUGUAUCUGUAAUGUCUCUGAUCGAGAUUCCUCUAGAUUCGAGUUCUGACGGUGUCAUGAUGUUUGACACUACCUAGAGAGUUCAGAAUUGCUGAAUUGCCCUCAAUUACUGUCUGGAGGAGAAUUCUAGCGGUAGUGUUCGAUGGUUUCUCUGGUCAAUACCACGCG